UAUGAGAAUCACACAUAAAAUUUAAAGUAACAAUUAUCUUCGUAAGUAAGGCUCACUUAAAUGACUCGUGAGUAAUUAAUGUACAUAAAUAUUUCAUAGAUAUAGACAUUCGUACAAUGUUACCAUCCUACGGGUUAUCCUCCUUUCGUAAUAAAUAGAGAAUUUAGAGUAAUAAUGUGUGAUCCUUAGUGCCCUCCUCCCUUAAAAUCCCUCCAUUAAACUUUAAUCUGCAAUGACAACUGAGACACAAAUCAAUGUGCUCACUCAUCUGAGCAGAGUUUUUCGUUCUCUGUUGCAGGCGAGAAGCGUCAGUGCAUCAAACAUGAACGAAGUGUAUCUUAACCAUGUUGAAGCGUGGGAUUGCUUUAUAUACCUGUAAAAGGAUUUGAUAUUUAAAAAGUAUCUGUUCCUAUGAGCACCUCUUGCUCUUUGCACUGUGAUGGAAAGGAUACUGGCAAGGCUAUCUCAAAAAGGAUGGCGUAUGAGGUGUUCCUGGGUGGAUCGUGUAAUCCCACCACCUGGAGGAUCGACAUCGCUAUUCCAACGCUCCAGAGCCUUGGUAUUACCUAUUAUAACCCUCAAGUAUCUCAUUGGAGCCCGGAACUCAUCGCCCAGGAAUACGAAGCCAAGGAGACGGCCCGCGUGUUACUCUUCGUCAUAGACGACAGAACACGCAACUGCGCGGGUAUCAUCGAGACAGCCGAGUUGGCCGGUACACGCCGAGAGUCCCUCAUCGUCGUCAUACAUCCUUACAGACAAGGCCAAUCGAUCCUCGGGGAGAUCGUAUCCAACCAAGAGUAUUAUGAGCUGACGAAUGGACUGUUGGUUCUGCAGUAUCUUAUGGAGAGGCAAAGGAUACCAAUUUUCGAGAGCAUAUCGGCCGCGCUCAAUUGUACGUCUAAGAUUCUUCGUAAUACGACGAAUGUUCAAGAUUUGCAUAGUGAAGAUGGAAUUAGGCCAUCUAGAAUCUCAUUCGGUCAACAAGGAACCGAUAUCACAAAGUUAAGAGAAGCGUUCAAAUCUCUGGAUAAUAAUGAUACAGGGACAAUAAGUUUUGCCGAGGCCUUAAUGAUACUUCAAAACAAUGGGAAAUGCAAUAUACCUGUUUCUGAUGUGCGCAAUGGUGUAAAUAGAUCUGAUGCGCAUGAAAAACCAAUGAUUGAGAAAUUGUCAAGCUACGGUGAUGCAAGGGAACAGCGAGUUAACUUUGAACAAUUCUGUGCUAUAGCCAACGAAUGGUCAUGGCGUUUAAAGAAUAACGGAGUAACCUGCGAAAGUGAGAUACUUUCGGUUUGGCGUAUAUUAUAUAGGAAGGCCUCAAAAUUUUUGCGCAGGGCUUUGAUACAUCCUUUUAAUCGUUUUCUAGAUUGGACCAAUUCUAUAAUAAUAGAUUCCGAAAAGAAGGAUCUGUAUAUAGCUGUAGUCGAUAAAGAUUUAAUUUGGUUAGAGUCGUCAGCAAUACCAUUGAUAGAGUCAUUGGGCCUAACACUUCAUCGUUCAAGUACAAAUGAGUUUAACGUUCGAGUAUUACCUCUAGAGUUGCAGCGCAUGAAGAAUUCACGAUUAAUAAUGGUGGUUAUACCUCACCAUACACGCGGUAUAGCAUUAAUGGCUCUGGCUGCUCAUUUGAUCGGAUUACGCGCUAAACUCGUCCUUUGUGUUCAAGCUCUACCUGAAGGAUUUUCGGUGUCUGGUGAGAAGUUGACGGAGCAAGCAACAAAAGACUACAAUAGGGGUAGAAUAUACUUGUCAGACAUGGCGACGCGCGAAGGUGUACCUGUUUAUGAAAAUAUCGAUGAUGCACUGCAGCAUGCGAUACAAAUAAUUCAAAGUCCUUGCUGAUUCGAUGACAUAUAUGUACUUUUUAAUUUUUAUCACGUGAUCUUCACACAACAUACAAAACCUAAAAGUAUAGACGUUGCGA